UGCUCGCUCUCCUUGCGCUCGUCGUGCGGGACGUUUCAGUGAGUCGCUCCAUCAGAGGCAGCAGCAGUAGCAGAGGCAGCAACGGCAGCAGCAGUGUUUCUAUAUCCACAACCACACACAUAUACUGAGAACAAGGACGUCCUUUCACUCUCAUUCCCGGAAGCUGGAGAUGCUAGAGACUUGAAGCUGAGAAUCCUGCACUGUGAUCAAAGCUGAACUUAACUCGGACCGGUGGAUCGGAGAUCUAAAAUCACCGGACGGAUCUGGUGAGAACGGACUACAUAAAGGUAGCUUGACGUAAAUGUAACAUUUGAGUGGGAAGGAAGAAGGAAUCAAAAGCCAUCAAGAUGAAUUUUGUUAUGAAGCAAGCGCUGGGAGGGGCCACCAAGGACAUGGGAAAAAUGCUGGGGGACAAGGAGGAGAAGGACCCUGAUGCAGAUAAAAAAGAAGAAGAAAGGCAAGAGGCUCUCCGACAGCAGGAGGAAGAAAGGAAGGCUAAAUAUGCAAAAAUGGAGGCGGAGAGAGAAUCAGUCCGACAGGGCAUCAGAGAUAAGUAUGGCAUUAAGAAGAAGGAAGAGAAGGAGGCCGAGGCUCAAGCGGCUAUGGAGCAGGCGUCCGAGGGCAGCCUUACCCGCCCGAAGAAAGCCGUGCCUGCCGGCUGCGGUGACGAAGAGGAUGAAGAGGAAAGCAUUGUUGACACAGUCAUGAAGUUCCUUCCAGGUCCUCUUGUAGACAUGUUUAAUAAGAAGUAACAGAGUCACGAGUGUGUUGUUAUUAAACCUGUCAGAAAUGUCAGAACAUCCAGCACCCCACUUUUUCCUAUACCUUGCAUUCCUUUAUUCGCAAAUGUCAUAUGCUCUGGAAUUAGCCUAACAUUACAUUUGUUUUUUAUUUGAGUCAAAUUAUAAGUGAAGUAUAGAGUGAAAGAAAUAAUAACUUCUUUUUACGUUUUACUUUUAUGUCUCCCAAAUUGAGAAUGUAUUGGCAGGUUCAUUCAGAAUCUGAACUAUUGAAUGACACCAGUAAUCCGAGCACCACAUUUUUUUUUUUUUGUAAAUAGCUUCUAAAAAGAAUAUAUGAAUACCAGAAUAUAUGAAUAUACACACUGACACUAUGAGUAAAAGCCAUAAUUCUAACUUGGAGAAAGUUCUCCAAACCAUAUUGUAUUUUUGAUUAAUGUUUGUGUUUCUGUUAUUGAUAUUGUUGUUAAAUUAAUGAGAUAGAAGUGUAUAUAAGUGUAAGAGCACCAUAAUACCAUAGUUCAUAAGUGUAUCAGAUUAUUAUAAUUUAAAUGAAACAAAAACA